AUGUCAACAGAGAAUAAAACUUUCGAAAAGGAAGGCUACCAAGUUGAAGAAGGAGAAGUACUUCAAAGAUCAGAUUCAUUAGUUUCAAGUUCCGGUUCAGAGAAAAUUGUCGCUGAUAAACAUGCUGUGGGUGUUGAUUUGUUUCAAGAGCUACUAGAGUCUGAGUUACAAACCGAUGACUCUGAAUACGCCCCUAUCAGACGUAAAAUCGACAGAUGGUUGCUCCCAGUUUUGUGUAUUACCUAUAUGUUGCAAUUUUUGGACAAGCUGUCGCUUAACUAUGCGUCUGCUUACUCAUUAAAGGAGGAUCUUGGAUUGAAAGGAAAUGACUAUUCGAAUAUUGCGGCUAUUUUUAAUGUCGGCUACUUAGUUGGUUCCAUUCCAGCAAAUUGGGUCAUUCAAAAGCUACCCGUCGCCAAAUACACCGGUUGUGCGCUAGUAGUUUGGGCUAUUUUGCUAAUUGCCCACGUUGGGGCCAAGAACUACGCUGAUAUGAUGGCUCUGCGUUUCUUACUUGGUCUUAUGGAGGCUUCUAUUUCUCCAUCAAACAUGAUGAUGUGUUCAAUGUUUUACAAUAAGCAAGAACAACCUUUUAGAAUGUGCACAUUUUUGAGUAUGAACGGUGUUGCAACUAUGGUAGGUGCUCUUUUGGCAUACGGCCUUGGCCAUGCUACUAGUUCUUCUUUGAAGCCUUGGAAGCUCAUUUUUUUGGUAAUUGGGUUGAUAAACUUUGUAUGGGGAUUCAUUUUCUUAUACGUUGCACCUGACUCUCCGGCAACUGCUAGAUUCUUAUCUCAUGAAGAAAGACUGAAAGUGGUAGACCGUGUAUCGAAAAACCAAAUGGGUAUAAAAGAUACCAAAUUAAAGUAUUAUCAGGCCAAAGAAGCGUUCUUGGAUUUGAACUCUUGGAUUUUGGCUUUAAUUGGUCUUGGCUGUGGUGUAGUUAACGGAGGUACUUCCAAUUUCAUCUCUUCACUAAUUAAGGGUUUCGGAUUCUCAGGAUUAAACGCCACUCUAUUACAGUUGCCAACAGGUGCUAUUGAGCUUGUCUGCGUUUUCGCGGCCGGUGUACUAGCUCUCUUCUCAAAGAAAAACAUUCGCACAAUACUACUAUUUGUUCUGUGUAUUCCAACAUUGGCAGGAUUAAUUGGUAUUCACCUGAUUCCACUUGAACAUAAAUGGGCACUAGUAGGAUGUUGUUGGCUUCUAUACAUCAUUGGUGGACCCGUUAUCAUGUGUUGGGUCCUUAUGAAUGUUACAAUUGCGGGUUCUUCAAAAAUAUCUACCGCUAAAAUUAUGUGGUUCCUGAUGUAUACUGCUGGAAAUAUCAUUGGAUCGAAGAUAUUCUAUGCUAACGAAGCCCCAAAAUACAUAACAGGUAUGAAGGGUUUAAUUGCAUCAUAUGGAGGUAUGAUGUUCUUAAGCAUCGUGUACUUCGGUUUGAUGUACUACAGGAAUAGAUCAAGAGAUAGAGAGUACGGUGAAUUGGAUGAGGAAAAGGAAAAAGAAGGUAUCAUCAAUGGAUUCAAAGACUAUACUGACUUUGAAAACAAGUUCUUCAGAUACAGCUAUUAA